CCGUUUCCAAGUCAAUUGCAACAUGAUGUCUUUCCUCACACGACCAGAUGUACUGGCCUCCCUCGCAGCAGGCUAUCUAGCAACAGCACACUACCUCCGCCACCACCGCCAAAAGCAAAAACACCACCAAUACAACUACACCGCCAAUCUUUCCGCAAUAACUCUAGACCACGCCCAACAAAUCCAACUCUACCUCUUCGAACUAGAAUUCCCCUUUAUCGCGCAAAAAGCAUUGGAAUUCGCUCUUUUCCGCACCUAUGGCAUCCCCAGCAUCAGCGGUUUACUCAUGCACACCAAACAAUUGAGCACGAAAGCUCAUUCUUCAAAACGUAUGAUCGAUACGUCUGUUUUGAUGUUGGAGGUUAUUAAGAAUCCGCCGGGGAGUAAGAGGGCGGUGGAGGCUUUGGCGAGGACGAAUUUCUUGCAUGGGUUGUAUGGGGGGAGGAUUUCUAAUGAGGAUUUGUUGUAUACGUUGAGUUUGUUUUUGUUGGAGCCGGUUAGGUGGAUCAAUAGACAUGAGUGGAGGCAAUUAACUGACGUGGAAGUAGCAGCUAUGGGAUUGUUUUGGAUGAAAGUUGGAGAGGGGAUGAAGAUUGAUUAUGAUGUCUUGCCUGGAGCGAAGAGUGGUUGGAAAGAUGGAUUGCAUUUUACGCGGGAAUUGGAGAAGUGGUCGGAUGAAUAUGAGGAGAGGAAUAUGGUGCCGGCGGAGAGCAAUAAGGAGACUGCUGAUCAUACUACGGCGUUGCUGUUGUAUGCUGUUCCUGAUGCUUUCAAGGAUGCUGGGAGGAAGGUUGUGAGUGCGUUGAUGGAUUCGCGUUUGAGGAAGGCCAUGCUAUACCCCGAUCCGUCCGCUAUGCUACAAUGGCUUGUAGACACAGGACUCGCAACAAGAAAGUUAGUACUGCGACAUCUCACUCUACCAAGACCAUUCGCCUGGCGCAAGCGGAUUGUCGCAGACGAUGUCAACGCACACGGUCGUAUCUUCAAACUGAUCUGGGACACAGAGCCAUGGUACGUCGAACCAACAUUUGCGAACCGCUGGUGUCUGCAAUCUUGGGUAGACUGGAUGGCAGGAAGACCCAUACCAGGAGACGAAGGAGAGAAGUACUUUCCUCGAGGUUUCAAGUCAUCGCAUAUGGGACCUGCAUUUCUGGUAGGUAAAGGGCUUGCACAGGCAGAGAAGGACGAGGACCAGAUACGGCAGAUCAUGAGGUGUGAUGCUACUGUUAGCACUUGAGCACAUUUCGAGCUCACGGAGGGGCGCUUAAGUGGCCCAUCAAAGUGCAGAGCCUUUUCCAAGACAACAAGGUUGGCCAGUGUGAGCCUUGAACCAGAUCAACUUGCUUUGGACAGACUGAGGGAAGUGCUGUGCCCUCUUCGGACUUUGCGCUGAGGUCGAAAACCAUCUUAGAUUUCAUCAUCGAUCCUUUUCAGCACAUCGGUCGAGUGGGAUGCUCUCUUGGCGGUCCAAUCGAGUCAAGAUGCUCGAGUGUGCACCAAAGUCUGAGUAUCGUCCUGCGGCCUUUCGCCUUGUAAAUCACUUUAUGAAGAUACAGAUAACGAGACCUCUGCAUC